AUGUUUUUGGUGCCAUUCAGAGGUGUUAGAAAAGCUAGUACAGGAAAAAUUACCUUAUCGCUUAUAAAUGUUUUUCUUCGUUUCAGUAAUGGAAAUUACAUAUGCAAAGACUAUUCGGCACGGCGCUUUGUUGAUAUUGAACCAGUCGAAAUUGAUGAUCCUAAGUUACUACAAUCCGUUAUCGCUCAUAUUCCGAUGAAGAAGCCGCAUCUGUUUAUUUGUACAUUAAUGCACAAUGCCCGGGGUAAACAGGUGGAACUUCUACUGAAUGCCGAUUCGGAAACUGACCGUGAACGAUGGCUAUCGGCCUUGAGGCCGCCUGCUUGCAGCAAUCCGGAAGAAAAAAUUUACGCAGAUUGGGAUUGCCCGCAGGCUUUGGCAGUUCAUCAGUACUGCGCUGAGCAGGAAGACGAGUUACAGCUGGAAAAAGGCGAUCUCAUCAACAUACUUCGCAAAAUGCCCGAUGGAAUCAUGAAUCUGAAGAUUUUUCUCAUCGAUCUAGUGCCACAAUUUCAGGUUGGUUCUAUGGUGAACGAGUUCGUGACGGGUACGGUGGUUGGUUUCCGUCUUCUUACGUUCAGCAGGUUCAUUGCUUGGAAUUAUUUCCUGAACUUUAGAACUUUUUAG